ACACACUUUUCACCAUCUUCCUUUCUAUUUAUACCAUAACCUUGUCUCAACUACGUCCCAUUACGGACCCUCUAAUUUGUUUCUCUAUUUUCUCCUCCAUUACUAUUUGAGCAACGUAACUAACUAGCUAGAAGCACAAUAUAAUUUGCUAUGGGAAGAACACCUUGUUGUGAGAAGAAUAAUGGUCUCAAAAAAGGACCAUGGACAACUGAGGAAGAUCAGAAACUCAUUGAUUACAUUCAGAAACAUGGUUAUGGCAAUUGGAGGACACUCCCAAAGAAUGCUGGUUUGCAAAGAUGUGGCAAAAGUUGUCGUCUCCGUUGGACAAACUAUCUCCGACCAGAUAUAAAACGUGGUCGGUUUUCAUUUGAAGAGGAAGAGACAAUUAUUCAGCUACAUAGCAUUCUUGGCAACAAGUGGUCUGCAAUUGCAUCUCGAUUACCAGGAAGGACGGACAAUGAAAUAAAAAACUAUUGGAACACACACAUUAGGAAAAGGCUUUUGAGAAUGGGAAUUGAUCCAGUAACACAUACUCCUAGACUUGACUUAUUGGACCUCUCUUCUAUUCUAUGUUCAUCUCUCUAUGCUAGUAGUAGUAACUCAUCAUCUCAAAUUAACAACUUCCAAAAUCAACAACCUUUGCUCAAUCCUGACCUUCUAAACUUAGCUUCCUCGUUCUUCCAACAUCAACAAGAUUAUAAUAAUCCUCAAAUACAGAACCAAGUUCCACUUUCACAUUUUCUCCAAUUUCAAGACCAACUUCCACAAGUAAAUUCCAAUGUUAUUACUACCACAUUCACUACCCCUUGUGUUUCUUCAUUGCCAAAUGUGGAUACAUAUACAUCAAAUUUCACCGACCUUAGUAAUUACCAACAAUAUUCUGUUCAUGAUAUUGAUUGCCACCAAAAUAAUGGGUUUGGUCUAAGUAACUUAAAAGAGGAGGAUUAUAUCCCUCAAUUAUCAAACUAUAAUAAUUAUUAUGGUUCUGAUAAUCAAAAUCUUAUGUACUAUCAAACUUCAAAUCAACUUCUAUCAACACCGUCAUCUUCUAGUCCCACACCUUUGAAUUCAAACUCCACGUGUAUCAUUGGGAGCAACACAGAAGAUGAGAGAGAAAGCUAUGAAAGUUGUAAUAGGUUGAAUUUUGAAAUCCCUGCACAUAUUUUAGAAGCGAAUGAUUUUAUGUAAUGUGUGCAAUUGGAUCCAUAAUCAUCAACAGUUAAAUCAACCAAACAGUUGAUUAUUUCACCCUCUGUUUUUGCUGGGAUAUAUAGCUACUGUCUAUCUAUGGAUCCUUUGGUGGGGCAUGUUGAUAUGUGUAACAUUUCCUAUAUUUUUAUUGAUUGAUAAAGUUUAUAUUUC